GCGAGUAGCAAUACAAAGCGUUCUUUGCAGCAAACAGGUUCACGUGUUAAUUUCUAUAUCAACAGGUUAUGGGCCCAGCUGUACGCACAGCUAACAGCUACUCUGUCUGAACAAUUAUUUUUUUUUGUGUGUGUCCCCGGCUAACUGUUCCCAAGAAAUUAGAAAUUCUUUUCUGGAGUGAUGGAGAAAGAUGGCCGCCGCCAUGUUGUAUGGUGUCUGAAUGGGAAAAACUACGCGUCUUGGAAAUUUGGAAUGAAGCUGGCGUUACAAAGUGUUGAGCUUUGGGAAGUCGUGAACGGGACUCAACGGCAACCUGCUGAAAGACGCAAUGCUGACCAGGUGAUUGAAAAUGCAGCUGAUAUAACCAACUGGAACAAGAGAAAUACCACGGCAAUGCAGAACAUAUUUGGCGCCAUCAAAGAAGACCAAUCAAGGAUCCUGAUGUCUUGUAGCACAGCCCAAGAGAUGUGGAUGAAAUUGGAGACUGAGUAUGAAGAAGAUGCCGCAGACAAUGCACCUCUAUUGUGGACAAAGUUCUAUGGAUGCACAUUUCGACCAAGCCAAAGUGUAUCAAGCUUCCUGACUGAGUUGGAACAGAUAGCAUUCCGUCUGAAGAGCCUCAACAUAGCUAUUGAUGAUAAUCAAAUAAUGGCAAAGAUACUCAUGUCGCUUCCUCCAGAGUUCCGUGUUUUUGCCUUUGCAUGGGACAGCACGCCUGUUGCAGAGAAAACUCUCAAGAAACUGACUACUCGCCUUAUAGCAUUGGACAAGAGCCUGCGCAACGACGAAGAAGCAAAAUCGACAUCUGAUACUGCCUAUCUCAGUAAGCCGAACAGAGAUGAAUCACAGCACAAAGAGCAAGCACUUCCUGCCCAGUACGGUCAGAACAAAGGAAAAAGCCACCCUUCCAGUCAACAUGCUGGUAUACCGAGAACAUGCUGGGAGUGCAACUCCACUACGCAUGUUAGAGCUCAAUGCCGUCAAUACAAACGCCGGCGUGAGAGAGAAGGAGAAGAAGCGGACAGAAAAAGGAAGCGUUACGAUCGACAUGACAGAAGAGAUGAUAAACUAUGUAAGCUCCCAGGAGCAACUGGCCGAUGCACUCACGAAACCCCUGGCUGCUCCACGCUUCAAGUAUCUCCGUGACAAGAUUGGCGUUCGGGGUGUAGGGGAGGUGUAACUGAAGAGUUAAAGGAGGCUGAUAUUUCUUUUCUUAUUAUUUGUCUUGUGACACUGAACCUAGUAUUUAUGUCUGAUUCAAAUAUGCUGUGUAUUCUGUGCUCAUGUUUAUUUUUGGGGGUCCAGUUUGAGGGGAGGUGUUGAGUAUAAAAGAUAAACAAACUGGACAGUGCGGCAACGCAGGAUAGCCAGGAAAGAAGAGAGGGGGAGAAGGACCUACCCAGACAAAGGAAUAAGAGAGGGGGACUCAGUGCUGUUGACGAUUGUGGCUAGGCGAGUAGCAAUACAAAGCGUUCUUUGCA